ACAUAAAGCAACACGACGUAGUCGGCAGACGGCAAUUUCAUCCGGACAUUCGUGGACCGUGCAGCUGCUCGAACGAGCUCGCGGAUUUCCCCUGACUCGACGCGAACCGAAUCCACGUGGAUAGUCAACUGUCAAGUGCCCGUACCGCAAUCACGUCUCAGCCUGGGUACAGGAAAUGGAUCCCGACGCGUUCAAGGAGUUCGCCAAGGAAAUGGCAGAAUAUAUCACUAAUUACCUGGAAAAUAUCAGGGACAGGCGAGUGCUUCCGACAGUAGAACCAGGUUACAUGAAACCCCUUUUGCCUUCCGAGGCGCCGCAAAAGCCAGAAAGUUGGAAAGACGUUAUGGCAGAUAUCGAAAAAGUGAUAAUGCCAGGAGUUACACACUGGCAUAGCCCGAAAUUUCACGCGUAUUUUCCUACAGCCCAAUCGUAUCCAGCGAUCGUUGCUGACAUGCUUAGCGGUGCUAUCGCAUGCAUCGGGUUCACUUGGAUUGCAAGUCCUGCUUGUACCGAGUUGGAGGUAAUAAUGUUGGAUUGGCUAGGAAAAAUGUUAGAUCUGCCCAAAGAAUUUUUAGCCUGCAGCGGUGGAAAGGGUGGUGGUGUCAUUCAGGGAACCGCGAGCGAAGCUACUUUAGUCGCACUUCUCGGCGCCAAGGCUAGAAAAAUAAGGCAGGUCAAGGAACAACAUCCUGACUGGACGGAUAACCAAAUUGUAGAAAAACUAGUCGCUUAUAGUUCCUGUCAAGCUCACAGCUCUGUAGAACGAGCUGGUCUUCUCGGAGGCGUAAAGUUCCGAUUGCUAGAAGCCGAUUCGAAAUAUAAACUUCGCGGUGAGACACUGGCAGAGGCCAUUCGCAAGGAUAAAGAACAAGGACUGAUUCCAUUCUACGCUGUCGCCACUUUGGGAACCACUUGCUCUUGUGCAUUCGAUCGUGUCGAUGAAAUGGGUGUGGUCGCAAAUCGUGAGAAUGUUUGGCUACAUGUUGAUGCAGCUUAUGCUGGUUCAGCGUUUAUUUGCCCGGAAUUCCGAUAUUUAAUGAAAGGCACCGAAUUGGCAGAUUCCUUCAAUUUCAAUCCACACAAAUGGAUGUUGGUGAAUUUUGAUUGUUCGACAAUGUGGUUAAAGGAUCCGACAUACGUUAUCAAUGCUUUCAAUGUGGAUCCUCUGUAUCUAAAGCACGAUAUGCAAGGUUCUGCUCCUGACUAUAGGCAUUGGCAGAUUCCAUUGGGACGAAGAUUCAGAGCGUUGAAACUCUGGUUCGUGCUGAGGAUUUAUGGCGUCGAAAAUCUUCAACGAUAUAUCAGAAACCACGUUGCCCAGGCUCAUGAAUUCGAAGCGCUGGUUCUUUCGGAUCCACGAUUCGAAAUUGUCGCCGAAGUGAUAUUAGGACUUGUCUGUUUCCGAUUAAAGGGAUCGAAUGACAUAAACGAGACCUUAUUGAAAAAGAUCAACGGCGCCGGAAACAUUCAUUUAGUGCCAUCCAAGAUAAACGACAUGUACUUCCUACGGUUCGCAGUUUGCUCGCGGUACAGCGAAAGCAAAGAUAUUCAAAACUCUUGGAAAGAGAUAAAGCUGAGAGCAGACGAGGUUCUCGAGGAACAAUCGGUUUCUAAGUGAUGGCGGGCUCAGAUAGCUCGUGGUUGUCGGUCCUUGACACCUGCAACCUGCAAUCAAUCCUAGCUUUUAAUCGUUUUUCGUGUUAGCGAUCUUGGAAGAACGAAUGCAUAAUCGAGAAACAGGGAUUUGUUUAACGUAUUUCGCGACUCCACGUAUAAUUGCUAAACUUUUACAAAUGACGAAUCAGAUAGAAAUUGAAGUAAGAUCAUUAGCAUAAUAUAUUCGUAUGAUAAUGAUGGAAAUAUUUCCUUCAUAUCUUUAAUCAAUUAACACGAUCGGUUACACAGCUCAGUAUUCGCUUACGUUUUUAUCGCUGAACGACUGUUAAACCUUCCGCGCACGGUUUUUCUCCUUUCGGCGAUUCGAUUCUUACUUCUCGAUUCUCUAUUUUGCCGAUCCAUCUGUUUGUCGCAGAUCGGCACAAUGACGCGACGUAACGAAAGUUACACGCUACAGUGAAACUCCUCGUCGAGAUUUAGGCUCGGAGCAGACAUUUUACCACGCGACACAGUUGCGGGACUGUUCGAACGACUGAG